AACCAGCUGUUUUGAGCUAAGUAAUGCAAUUAUCCAGGUAACGCUCACCAUGGUAACGCUCCAUCACUUUGAAAUGUGGGGGUCGGCAAAGGUACAUUACAAGUGCAAAAAGAUGUGAAGUCUUCAAAGAGUUUGUAGACUCUCCUCAUUCAGACCAGCUGAAGCUCCUCAGGUACUGCAGCACCAGAUGGCUGAGUCUGUUAAUCUGCAUCCAGAGGGUGCUGAACCAGUGGGAUGCAAUACAGAUAGGAUGGCCUACUUCAACAGUCAUGAGGAGGUGGAGAGGAGCGUUAAAGUGCGUGAUCUGGCAAGCCAUUUGCGUGAUCCAAUCGUGAAGACCUACUCCCUGUUCCUGAGUGCUGCCCUUAAGCCUUUAUCUGAAUUUAACAUUGCCUUCAAGGUUGAACGGGAUUACGGCGCGCUGCGCGGCACAAUUCCCCGUGCUGUGCGCUCUUAUGGACCUCUCUGCACGGCAUUUCUCCGUCUGCCAGAACUAGUCGACACUUCACCCACAUCCUGAAAUCUUGCUGAUAUACUGAGCUUUAUGGAAACAUGGCCGACGUCCCUCAACUCGUAAAAAUUGGGAUUUCCUUGAAGAUGCUUCCCAACAACACAGCAGUUCACUUCAAAUCAGACGGCGCCAGGUUCGGACAGACCCGGACCAUCAAGCUGCUGACCGGGUCCAAAUACAAAAUCGAGGUGGUCGUUAAACCAGGAGCGGUGGAGGCCACCUCGAUGAGUGUGGGUGGAGUGACUUUUCCCCUGGAGCAGCAGUCCAAAGACCCCCAGUCAGUGGUCUACACUGGUCAGUAUGACACAGAAGGAGUGGCACACACCAAGAGUGGAGAGAGGCAACCAGUUCAAAUCAGCAUACAGUUCACAGAGGCCGGAAUGUUUGAAACAGUGUGGCAGGUGAAGUACUACAACUACAACAAGAGGGACCACUGCCAGUGGGGAAACAGCUUCAAUAGCAUCGAGUACGAGUGCAAACCCAACGACACGCGCACGCUCAUGUGGGUCAACAAGGAGAUGUUUGUCUGAUGGAAAUAUUCACUUUGUACAAAAUAACAAGGUGUGUCAUUUCUAAUUGUAAGUGUGUCAUGAUGAAAUUAACAUUUGAAUCCCUUCUUGUUGCUUAAAAUCUACUGUCAAUUAACUCCACUUAAGGGGGCUUUAUUGUAGUCUUUCACUCUUUGAAAAGAUAAUACAACCUUCCCCUCUCUUGUGCUGUAAAAAAUGCAUUAGACUUGCAGCCAAAUCAGAUUCUAUGGCAGAACAUUUAAAGUGCAGUGAUGUUGCCAGUCUUGUCACAGUGGUUUUGUGUGUUUAUGGUGGUUAUAUGAGCAUGUCAACAUGAACAUAUGAACCAUUUUAUUCAGGUUUAAAUAAGACGUGGCACUUCUUACCAACCUACAGUUUUAAUUAUGCAUUGAAAGACUAAUGUUAUAUGACGUUUUUAGAUAAAUACUUAUGAUGUACUGUCCGGUUGUGGUAAUCCUCAAGUGUGUUCAGACUUAUGUGUGCCUGGGUGUUUAGCUAUUGUGUGUGUGUGUGUGUGUGUGUGUGUUACAAAAUGGUGCUUGUACAAAUGUUUUUUUGUACUUCCAAGCUCUACAUGUGAAGAGUUUCAUUCCAAAUUGAUUUCCUUAUAUUUCCAGAAAUUCCUGUCAUGUCAUUUCUUAGGAAACUGUUUUUUUAGUUCAGCUCAGUCUCGUGUCCUUGCAUUAAUGACAUUUUGAUUUAAUUGGCCUUGGGCAGAAUUUUUCCCAUCUGCCCUCAUAUGGGAGCUUGCCAUAACAUCUGCAGCUUCAAAUCAUGUAUGCAGCAAAGCAGGGCAAUAAGGCCCAAUGGUAACUGUAUACUUCUACUUCAAUACAUUUUGAAGCAAAUAUUGUACUUCUCACUCCACUACAUUUAGCUGACAUCUUAAGUUACUUUUCAGGUUGAGAUUAAACAUGAAAAAAUAUAGUUUUUAUAAAUUAUCUAGCAUAUGUAGCAGUUUAAAUAAGUCCAUUAAAACAGUACAAUAAACAGUAAAAUUCUGCUUACAUAAAUUUGAAUAUUUUAUUAUUUUAAUAAAAUAUUUUGAUGCUGAUACUUUUACACUUUUACUUAAGCAAGUUUUGAAUGCAGGACUUUUUCACAGUGUGGUAUCAGUAUUUUUUGUUAAGUUAGGGACCUGAAUACUUGUUCCACAGUGGAUAUGGCCAAAGAAAAUAUCUAUGCAUAGUUAAAAUGAAUUCAGAUAAGGGGAUUUUCCAUCAGCGAUCGACCAAUAAGACUUUCACCUUUCAGUCAUCCUCAUCAAGCUGAAACUUUUCUCUCACUGGAGAUACUGCUUCUUUGUAGUGGUGGACGUAGUGGAAUGCUGUGGUGGACGAGAUCAUUGUUUUUCUGAAAUAAAUAGAAGAUAAUGCAGUGCUUACAAAAAAAAAAUUACCCCGUACCUUGAAAAAAUCUUUCACUGGCUCUCGAAAGUGUUCAGGUCAGCUCCUGUGUGAGCCUCUACGAGCUGCUGUUACCCCGGAAAGACGAGAAAUGGAAGAAGAAUAUGUCUAUCUUCUCAAAAUCCUGCUCAUCUCCUUUUACAGUGACUCUGCAGUGAACUCAGUCAGGACCUUAAAACCGUAAAGUUACCCAAAAUCUUAAGUCAACUUUUGCCACUGUAUUUUGGAAUGAAACUCUGUGUAGCUGUGUGUAUGUGUAUUAUUUUGUGGUACAGUAUUGGAUGUAGGAACUUUGUAUUUGGGUGGAGUUGUGCCCUAUGUACUGCGUGUUUGUUUUCUCUACCUCUUCCAAAGGACUUAGCCAUGAAUAUGAAUUGUGUUCAUUACAGACAAAUAUGUAUUUGGAAUAUUAAAAACACAAUUGUUAAUGACGUAUGUUAAAAUAUUUUUUCUAUUUCUAGUGGUAACUUGUAAUAUUUUGAAAAACA